GUACUAAAGACAAUUUCUACUCGAUGCAUUUAGAUAUGACGAAACGAAAAUUAUUAAAAACUAAGUGAAAGACUUCGAAACCCAUAAAGUCUACCACUGUUUUCUUGCUCUUGGAAGUUCUUGUGAGCUUAAAAAAAUACCAGAAAUGGCACCUCUCCGCCAACAGCAUGAGCAUCCAAUAACAAUAUAUGAUGAUGCCAAUAACACUAAAUAUUUGUGCGAGGGUUGCAUGAUCCCUGGCUCAGGUAAAAGAUAUCACUGUCAUGACUGCAACUUUAACCUACAUGAACACUGCGGAACAUGUCCACCCAAUCUUUCGUCUUUCAUGCAUCCCUACCAUUCACUCAAGCUCGUUGAACGCAAUCACCUGCGCGAACGCUUCUGCAACGUCUGUCGAGACACCAUCGAAGGCCUAUCUUAUAGGUGUGAGCUUUGUGAAUUUGAUGUCCAUCCUUUGUGUACUCAGUUGCCUGAAACACUGCGCCAUGCCCUACAUAAGCAUCCUUUAAGGCUUUUGGGCUCGUCUGAAGCUGGGAAAUGUGCUGUUUGUAGCGGAGAAUGUGAUGCUUCCUCAUGGCGUUAUAGGUGUGCACUAUGUGGAUUCGAUAUUCAUAUGGGUUGUGUGCCGAUUCAAUGUGAAAAGAAAAUGACAGACCGAGGAAUCCCUAUGUACGUUCCACCUUCGUUAUUCCCUCAUCACCAGCAACAAUAUUUUGGUGUUUAUGCUUAUGGGAACAGUAGUACUCCAUAUUGGAAUCCUACUCCCAACUAUUCUCCUGGUCCAUCUAAUAUGCAACACUAUAACUACAUGCCACACCCACCGCUACACCUACAACAUCAUUGUCAGGGGCAGGCUCAGACUUAUUUUGGUGGAGGAAUAGGGCAAAUUAUGUUUGAGUUGGUGAAAGCACUUGUGGUUGGGGUGAUGACUAACAUGAUAUUUGGGGCUUGAUGGUAUUAGCUAUGGUAAGUGUAAUGCUCUGUGACUUUUUAGACUUUCUUAAAUCUGUUUUUUGCUUUAAAACUCGUUGUUUUAAUGAUAUAAAUGUUGGGAAUUAAGUGUGA